UUACAGAUUCCAGGCCCCUGUUUUUCCACUGGGGGUUAUGAGACAGUGGAGAGGGAGGAAGAUGAGGAGGAUGAGGAAGAGGCCAGUGAGGUCCAUAGACAUGAUGGUUUAGACCAGAGCUGUGAUCUCACACCUGCUGACCCCCAACUGAACAGCACAGGACACAGCAGUGUCAGUCUACGGCUCUCACAGGGCUCCCUGGAGACAGUGGACAUCACCAACACGGAGGAACAGGAGGAGGAAGAAGAGGAGAGGAGCUGGACCUGCUCGGGCCUAUCUGAGCGGAUAGCUCGUGAUAGGGUUCUGCAGUAUUUGGCUCUCCAGAACCCAGGAUUUCGAGACAGACUUUGGACAACUGAAAGCCUGCAGCAGAGUCCCCUGAGCCCAGACUGUGACCUGGGAGGGAGUGUGAGUCUGGCUUUAGAGGUUUCCUGUUCCUCUUGUCUGAAGAGCCAGUCCCAGAGCAUCACAGACCACACUCUCACCACUUCCCAGAGAAUAGUGAGUCCAGAGACAGACAGUGGGAUAGGGAGCUCUGACUUGAGUCUCCAAGCCACAGGACUUUCUCAACCAAAACUCCAUACAGAAAGGCUCCAGCUCCAGCCUGAUGGGAAUUCCAAUCCUAUCAGUAUGAGUGACAGUGAAGGCUCCUGCACCAACCUGCAGACCACUAUGCAUCAACCUGUACAGGUGGGAGAGAGGAGACCCAACGCGCAGGGAAAUGUCCAUUCAGCUGGGCUGACCGGAAAAGCGACACCUAGCCUGCAGUCUACUGUCCAUCUGACUAGGGAUAUUGGAGAGAGGAGACCCAGCCUACAGACACCUGCUGAGCUGCAGCUUUGCACCACUGCGGUGACCAGCACUACUCAGAGUGUACCUGCCGGACUGCAUGAGGGUGAAUCCCACACUGCCAGUCAGCUCAGUCAUCACGGCCCUGACUGCCCAUUCAAAACCUCCCAUAGCAUCACCAUGGAUAUGCCACAGAGAGACUGCCACUCCCACACCUGUUCCUGUCACAGGUCAGUCUCAAAGUACUGAGUAUUCAAAACCUCCCAUAGCAUCACCAUGGAUAUGCCACAGAGAGACUGCCACUCCCACACCUGUUCCUGUCACAGUUCGGCCAUCCAGGCCCUGCAGUCGGAGGUGUCCCAGCUGAAGAGAGACCUGAAGGAGGGUCUGGUCCAGCUGCCACACCUCUCCCAGAGGAUGGAUUAUCUGACCUCCAGAUGCAGGCAGAACAGAGACAGAAGACCCAAGACCCGGCCCAGAACACACCACAAACCAGCAGGGAGCAGACAGAGUCUGACCAACACCAACUCCAAGAUAGAAGACUGGAUCUCCUCAGAUAUGGACCCCAGCAAGAGCAAAGGUACAGACAGUGUGGAGUCGGACCGGUCUGGGAUCAUGCUGCCAUUCCACAGUACACCACUAGGUGGCAGGAGAGGAAGCAGCAAGCCCUACUCCUGCUCAGAUGGACCAGUGAAACCCCAGAGCAGAAAACCCUUGAAUACAGCAUCAGAGGAGAACCGUUCUCUGGAGACCUCCAAUCUCACCCAUCCCAGUCCUCCAGCACUCUGGCACUCAUACAAGAACUUCAGCUACAGAUCUCCACCACCACCAGGUGACAUGGAGAAUGUCUACUCUAAGGGCAGGUAUCCUCUCUCCUCUCAGCCUCUACAGAAGCCUCUGUUGCAAGUCAACUAUGGCUCCUCCUGCAGUUUACCUGCAGGUUUCAAAGUGCGAGAGCAGCAGUCUGUCUCCCACCACCGGAGGCGCUCUACCCAGUCAGACUCAGCACUGCUGCCCAGCAACGUGUACUUUCAGCAGACCUUUCCCCCAGCUCUCAGCCCCCCCAGGACUGGGGUCAUAGCCAGCAGGCACAAAGUCAGCAGGGAUGAGGACAUCAACAGGACAUUGGACAGGGCUAUCGAGGCAGCCCGCAUUAUGAAGAGGACCACUGAUAGGAUGGCCAAGAGCCUGUCAGCUGACCUUGCCAAGGUUGAGCUGUACAGGAAGUUACACGGCCUUCACCCAUUGACAGGGAGGAACAAUACUGGCUCAUAACACUCUAAUUGACACACUGGAGAUACUGCUGCUACUAUAGGGCUGGUCCAAGAUUAGCUAACCAGUGAAUUCAGCAGGGAUUAUUUUGUAUACAGGUGAAGUCGGGAAGUUGACAUACACCUUAGCCAAAUACAUUUAAACUCAGUUUUUCACAAUUCCUGACAUUUAGUCCUAGUAAAA